AGUAUUGAAAAAUAUUUAGAGGAUUUACAGAAAUUACAACAAUCUCUAGAUUUACAAUUCACUCGAAUCAAAACCAUUGCCAUAGAAAGUAAGAAAGAAAAAGAAGACUUUGUAAAGGAUGUGCAGUCAUUGUGCAGUCUUAUUCAAGUUGAUAUCACCAAACACGAAGUAAGAAUAGCAGCACUUGAGAACAGUUCUGGAACUCUUCAGGAAAUACAGAGAGACGUUGACAGCCUGAAAAGGAAAUUAGAUACCUUGAAAGGAGAAAUAAAAAAACAAGUUGAAGAUCAUAUUCCACCACAUAUUCAAGCUCACCAUGAACAAGAAAUAGGAGAAUGGGAGCAAGACCAAACUACCUUUUUGGAAACCAGAGCAACACGUCACAUACUCGAGUCUCUACCCUCACAUAACUGUAUUGUUGUGACAGGAAGCUCGGGCUGCGGUAAAUCUUCAAACAUACAUCAAGCUGCCUUACACUUACGUGACAGUUUUGGAUAUGAGAUAAUACCAGUGUUAACAGGACCAUCAGACAUUAUGAAUUAUCAUAAUGAAAACAAAAAACAAGUGUUUGUUGUAGAUGACAUCUGUGGGAAGGAAACAAUAAACACACAAACAUUACAGACGUGGAGAGAUUAUUCAGAAAAAAUUGAGAAAAUAUUUAAAGUUGCUGACAAAGAUGUUGCAGGUAAAAAUGAUGAAACGGUUUUAAAAGUAUCAAGUCCAAAACUACUGCUGUCUUGUAGACUGCAUAUAUAUAAAGAAGCUCAGUUUCAACGUAUUUCAUUAUUCACAAAAAAAGAAUGCAAUUUAUUAUCUCCCGAGUUGUGUCUGCUGGAAGCUGAAAGAAUUCAUAUGCUGCACAAGUAUCUUCCUUAUGACAUAAUUGACAAUAUAAAACAAGUCACAGAGAACGUUGAUUACUUUCCCUUGCUUUGUAAAUUGUCAAAAGACAAAACAUCUGAGGAAGUGAAGAAACUGUUUACAGUUCCUUUAAUCAGUAUUAAACAGAACAUAAACAACAUUAUUCAUGAAAACAAAGAACAAUUUUGUGUUCUUGUUCUGUGUAUCAUUUUUAAUGAAGGAUUUGAUACAGAUUGGCUCAAAUUAGGAUCAGUUUCAGAAAGGAAGAACAUGGAAUUGGAUAAACUUGAGUACAUUGUUAAAGAAUUUGAUAUAGACUUAAGCAAACAGAAGCAUAGAAAUUCUUUAAAAGCUUGCUUUUCAACAUUAAAUGGCACCUACUUAAAACUGAGAGGAACAGAGUAUAGAAUGAUACAUGACAAAAUAUAUAAAAUGGCAGCUGUAAUCUGUGGACAACACCUUACAGAAUGUUUUAUCAAAUAUGCUCCAGCUAUAUUUAUUCGGGAUAGUUUUAUCUUUGAAUCUGUAACGGAUGUCCAUGAAAAUGAUAAUUUAAUUGUAUUAUUAAAAGACGAAGAAGAAGAUUAUUUUGAACGACUGUUAUGUGACUUAACACGGCAUGCUAUUAUAAGUACAUUCAAUAAUUACCAGUUAAUUCAUAAGACAUUUAGAGAUAAGUUAAUAAGCUUUUUAAAGAGGAGAAAUGAUGCAAACACAGUAUUAACAAAGCUUGAUACAGAAGGUUGCAAAACAAUCGAAUAUGGUGAUCAAGAAUAUCCGUAUGACACACACUAUUAUACAACACCUUUAAUAGAAUCAUCAAUAAGGGGUUACUUUGAUAUUGUUGAAUUUCUGAUUGUUAAUGUUAAAUGUGAUGUGAAUAAAACAGACGAAAGAGGCAAUUCUCCUAUACAUAAGGCAUCUGAAAGAGGACAUACAGCUGUAGCUAAACUAUUAUUAGAGAACAAUGCUGAUGUAUCUCAAUGUAACAACUAUAAAAUGUCUGCAUUGUGGGCAGCCUGUGCAGGAGGACAUAAAGAUACAGUAGAACUGUUACUUCAGAACAAUGCUGAUGUCAAUCAGUGUGGUAUGUAUGGAACACCUCCGUUGUAUAUGGCCUGUACAGGAGGACAUAAAGAUACAGUAGAACUGUUACUUCAGAACAAUGCUGAUGUCAAUCAAUGUGGUAAGGAUGGAACACCUCUGUUGUAUAUGGCCUGUACAGGAGGACAUAAAGAUACAGUAGAACUGUUUCUUCAGAACAAUGCUGAUGUCAAUCAGUGUGGUAAGGAUGGAACACCUCCGUUGUAUAUGGCCUGUACAGGAGGACAUAAAGAUACAGUAGAACUGUUACUUCAGAACAAUGCUGAUGUCAAUCAAUGUGGUAAGGAUGGAACACCUCUGUUGUAUUUGGCCUGUGCAUGUGGACAUAAAGAUACAGUAGAACUUUUACUUCAGACCAAUGCUGAUGUCAAUCAAUGUGAUAAGGAUGGACAAUCUCCAUUGUAUUUGGCCUGUGCAUGUGGACAUAAAGAUACAGUAGAACUUUUACUUCAGAACAAUGCUGAUGUCAAUCAGUGUAAUGAGGAUGGAAUAUCUCCAUUGUAUAUGGCCUGUGCAGGAGGAUAUAAAGAUACCGUAGAACUGUUACUUCAGAACAAUGCUGAUGUCAAUCAGUGUGGUAAGGAUGGAACACCUCCGUUGUAUAUGGCCUGUGAAGGAGGACAUAAAGAUACAGUAGAACUGUUACUUCAGAACAAUGCUGAUGUCAAUCAGUGUGGUAAGGAUGGAACACCUCCUUUGUAUAUGGCCUGUGAAGGAGGACAUAAAGAUACAGUAGAACUGUUACUUCAGAACAAUGCUGAUGUCAAUCAGUGUGGUAAGGAUGGAAUAUCUCCAUUGUAUGUGGCCUGUGCAUGGGGACAUAGAGAUACAGUAGAACUGUUACUUCAGAACAAUGCUGAUGUCAAACAAUGUAAUAAGUAUGGAAUGUCUCCGUUGUGUGUGGCCUGUGCAGGAGGAUAUAAAGAUACAGUAGAACUGUUACUUCAGAACAAUGCUGAUGUCAUUCAAUGUGGUAAGGAUGGAACAUCUUCGUUGUAUAAGGCCUGUGCAGGAGGACAUAAAGAUACAGUAGAACUGUUACUUCAGAACAAUGCUGAUGUCAAUCAGUGUAAUAAGGUUGGAAUAUCUCCAUUGUAUAAGGCCUGUGCAGGAGGACAUACAGAUACAGUAGAACUGUUACUUCAGAACAAUGCUGAUGUCAAUCAGUGUGAUGAGGAUGGAAUAUCUCCGUUGUAUAAGGCCUGUGCAGGAGGACAUAAAGAUACAGUAGAACUGUUACUUCAGAACAAUGCUGAUGUCAAUCAAUGUGGUAAGGAUGGAACACCUCCGUUGUAUAUGGCCUGUGCAUGGGGACAUAGAGAUACAGUAGAACUGUUACUUCAGAACAAUGCUGAUGUCAAUCAGUGUAAUGAGGAUGGAAUAUCUCCGUUGUAUGUGGCCUGUGAAGGAGGACAUAAAGAUACAGUAGAACUGUUACUUCAGAACAAUGCUGAUGUCAAUCAAUGUGGUAAGGCUGGAACACCUCCGUUGUAUAUGGCCUGUGCAUGGGGACAUAGAGAUACAGUAGAACUGUUACUUCAGAACAAUGCUGAUGUCAAUCAGUGUAAUGAGGAUGGAAUAUCUCCGUUGUAUGUGGCCUGUGAAGGAGGACAUAAAGAUACAGUAGAACUGUUACUUCAGAACAAUGCUGAUGUCAAUCAAUGUGGUAAGGAUGGAACACCUCCGUUGUAUAUGGCCUGUGCAUGGGGACAUAGAGAUACAGUAGAACUGUUACUUCAGAACAAUGCUGAUGUCAAUCAGUGUAAUAAGGUUGGAAUAUCUCCGUUGUAUAAGGCCUGUGCAGGAGGACAUAAAGAUACAGUAGAACUGUUACUUCAGAACAAUGCUGAUAACAAUGCUAAUGUCAAUCAGUGUAAUAAGGUUGGAAUAUCUCCAUUGUAUAAGGCCUGUGCAGGAGGACAUAAAGAUACAGUAGAACUGUUACUUCAGAACAAUGCUGAUGUCAAUCAGUGUGAUGAGGAUGGAAUAUCUCCGUUGUAUAAGGCCUGUGCAGGAGGACAUAAAGAUACAGUAGAACUGUUACUUCAGAACAAUGCUGAUGUCAAUCAGUGUAAUAAGGUUGGAAUAUCUCCAUUGUAUAAGGCCUGUGCAGGAGGACAUAAAGAUACAGUAGAACUGUUACUUCAGAACAAUGCUGAUGUCAAUCAGUGUGAUGAGGAUGGAAUAUCUCCGUUGUAUAAGGCCUGUGCAGGAGGACAUAAAGAUAUAGUAGAACUGUUACUUCAGAACAAUGCUGAUGUCAAUCAAUGUGGUAAGGAUGGAACAUCUUCGUUGUAUGUGGCCUGUGCAGGUGGACUUAGAGAUACAGUAGAACUGUUACUGCAGAACAAUGCUGAUGUCAAUCAGUGUAAUAAGGUUGGAAUAUCUCCGUUGUAUAAGGCCUGUGCAGGAGGACAUAAAGAUACAGUAGAACUGUUACUUCAGAGAAAUACUAAUGUCAAUCAGUGUGCCAUUAAUGGAGAGUCUCCAUUGUAUGUAGCCAGUGGCGUAGGAUACAGAGAUACAGUAAAACUGUUACUUCAGAACAAUGCUGAUGUCUCGAAGUGUAAUGAGGAUGGACAAUCUCCAUUGUUCGUUGCCUGUAAAGGAGGAUUUAAAGAUACAGUAGAACUGUUAUUGCAGCGAAAGGCUGAUGUCUCGCAGUGUAAUACAAAGGGAGAUUCUCCUCUACAUGCGGUUUGUUCAUUGGAUUCCAAUUUUCAUCCAUAUUUCAAUAUAUAUUUUAUGACACAAUUUUCAAAGAGAAUCAUUGAAACUGUAAAACCAUUACUUGCAUGGAAAGCAGAUGUCACAUUGCGUAAUAAGAAUGGUCAGACACCACUUGAUAUUGCCCGUGCAUCACACUAUUGUGAGGAACUUAUAAAUCUUUUGGAGGAAACUAUUCAACUAAAAGAAUCUCAAUUAAAGUAAACAUUUCAUGAUUUGGAGUUUGAAUUUUACAACGAAGACAUAUUGUUACAUUAUAAUAAUUGUAUCACUAUAAAGGAAGUCAAUGUAUGCAUACAUAAUCCAGGUGUUACUCAAACCAGACAUUAUUUUUAAUUAGUUAUUCUGGUAAUUAAAGGAAUAUACAACCAAAAUUACUAACAAGAUUUAUCUCAGAUUACAAUAUGUACAAUAAAUGCCUUGACAAUAUUUAGUAAUUUCUAUGUUCUCUUAUGACAUCGAUUUUUUUUAUUUUGCAAAUUAUAUAAUAACAUGACUCAAAUAAGUGAUAUAUAAAAGAGCAUUAUUAUUUCAACACAACUUGAAAAGAUUAUUUUGAACUUUGAACUUUAUUUUAUUUGAUCACUACAUACUUUCAAUAAGAGGAAUACAAUAUUUACAUAUACACAAACAAUACACAACAAUAGUGUGCAUAAUACAGGCAAAUGAAUUCAUUAUUAUAUAAUCAAUUCACAAAGAAGUUAACUCAGGCCAUUAUUGCAUGGUGUGUAUUUAAUUGGUCAAUAUAUGUAUAGAGUUUAUCUCUAAUCUUCAUUUUUUAAGGGCAUUAUUCUUUAAUCAUUUAACCCCAUCCAAAACCCUCUUUUUAGCCUGUUCGUGUGUUCAAUGCAUGUAAUUGGGCAGUGCAUGUAUGAAACAUAUGUUAUUUGACAGUUUAUGUAAUUGAUCAGUAUAUGUAUGAAGUGUAUGUUAUUGGUAUGUGUUUGUAUGGAGUGUAUGUAUUUGGUCAGUAUAUGUAUGAAAUAAAAUGUUAUUAUUUGGUUUAUUAUGAAGUUUACGUCAUUGGUCAUGGCAUGUCUGUUAUGUAUAUUUUCAACUUUUUAAUGCAUGGAGUGUAUUUAGUUAGUAUUUAUAUCCAUGUAAUGUGUGAACUUGUAUUUAUCACAAUGGAAGGUAUAUGUGAUUGUUUGGUUUAUUUAUGGAGUUUAUGUCAUAGGUCAAUGUGUACAUGGUAUAUGCAAUAGAAAACUUUCGAGCUCGAUGCGUCUCCGUAAAAAACUAUGGUU